AUGCGUUUUCGAAUUGGAUAUAUUCUUCGCUUAUUAAUUGCGCUUGUAUUUCUCGUUUUUAUGGUACCACUUCUUAUGUCCAAGCUUGAUUCCAGUAAUAAACAAGAUAUUCAUUCGCAUAACAAACGUGAUAGAAGAGAACCUUUGAAUAAUUCCGAUCAAUCAAAGGAUCGUAGUUUACAACCUGUCUUAAGUAAUUCAUUAGGAAAUUAUGAACCAAAAGAUUUACCACCACAAACCGGUCUAGGAGAAGGAGGAGUUCCUGUUAGAUUGGAUUCAGAAGACGAAGAAAAAAAAGCGAAACUAACAGUAUCUCAAUAUGGUUUUAAUAUGGUUGUUUCUGAUAAAAUAUCUCUGGAUAGACGUAUCAAAGAUACAAGACCACGAGAAUGUAAAAAUUGGAUCUAUCCUGAUGUUCAACAUUUACCAACAGCUUCCGUGAUUCUUGUUUUUUUUGAUGAAGGUUGGAGUAUUUUAUUACGUACUGUGCAUAGUGUAAUAAAUACAACACCCAAAGAAUUAUUAAAAGAUAUAAUCCUAGUCGAUGAUGGAAGUACUGAUUCUGCUUUACAAGAACCAUUAGAAAAAUAUAUUCAACGUUGGAAUGGUCUUGUUAAACUUUAUCGAACAGGUAAACGUGUUGGUUUAAUAGCAGCACGUAUACUUGGUGCAGAAAAAUCAGCUGGUGAUGUUAUUGUUAUACUCGAUGCUCAUUGUGAAUGUGUUGUUAAUUGGCUUCCGCCAUUAUUAACACGUAUUGUACUAAAUCGUAAAGCAUUAGCUGUUCCUAUUGUUGAUGGAAUUGAUUGGAAUACGUUAGCACAUACAGAUACAUAUAAUGGACAAAAUUUUCGUGGUAUAUGGGAAUGGGGAUUUUUAUAUAAAGAGAAUCAAGUACCAGAACGAGAGUUGAAAAAAAGAAACUAUUCAUCUGAACCUUAUUGGUCGCCAACACAUGCUGGUGGUUUAUUAGCUAUUGAUCGUCAAUGGUUUUUUGAAUUAGGUGCUUAUGAUCCAGGCAUACGAGUAUGGGGAGCUGAACAGUAUGAAUUAUCAUUUAAAGUUUGGCAAUGUGGUGGUGUAGUUGAAUGGGUACCAUGUUCUCACGUUGCACAUGCCUAUCGUGGUCCACGAAGUCAUUCAUCGCAUGUACCUGGUGCAAAUCGACAUCAAAUAGCUAUAAAUCAUAUGCGUUUAGCUGCAGUAUGGAUGGAUGAAUAUGCUGAAUAUUAUUUCAUACGUGAACCAGCUAUUCGUACAUUAGAUAUUGGUGAUGUAUCAGAACGAAAACGAUUAAGAGAAAAACUACAAUGUAAACCAUUUAAAUGGUUUAUGGAAAAUAUUGCUUAUGAUGUUUUAGAAAAAUUCCCACCACCAUCAAAAAAUGUUGUUUGGGGAGAAUGUAAAAACGUUCAACAUUCAGUUUGUUUAAAUGAUCCAGGAGCUUCAUUUGGUCAACCAAUUGAUGUUAGCGGAUGUUUUCAACAGGCUGUUUGGCGUUUGAAUGAAGGAGGUCAAAUAUCAUCCGGUGAACAUUGUUUUGUAUCUGAUGGUGCUAUAGUCAAGAAAAAAUUCUGUAUAGAUCAUACUGGUCUAUGGGAUCCCGUUGGAGAAUGGGAAUAUAAUAAAGUAACAAAACAAAUUCGAAGCAAUAAAGAACAUCUAUGUAUGGAAACUGAUAAUAAUAAUUUAAAAGUAGAUAAAUGUAAUGAAACAAGUCAAGCUCAACAAUGGAUUUGGUCAGAAAUCCAUUAUUAA